UAAGCACCUUUGCCAUCCUGUUUGCAGAAACGCUACGGUGUAGUUCGACAAUGCGCAUCCGCGAAAUUUUGUUGCUAAUCUCCGCACUCUAUGCGGUCGAGGCCGCUAAUGAGUGUGACCUUAGAUCUGUGGAGGAUGGUAGCGUGUGCGUAUGUAACUCUACCUAUUGCGAUACGGUUCCCGAGGUGCUAAGCCUAUCUUCGGGGGAAUACCAGUUAUAUACGACCAGCAAAGAUAAGCUUGGGUUCUAUUCGAGCACCGGAAAGUUUGUGGAAGCGACGACAACCGCUAAUACCGUAACUAUUUCGGACCUCGACACCACGUACCAGGAAAUCAUCGGUUUUGGAGGUGCUUUCACAGAUGCCGCAGGGAUAAAUAUCGCCUUGCUUCCGGCUGACGCUCAGGAUAAACUAUUAGAGAGCUAUUUCGGGAAAGAUGGUGUCCAGUAUAGUAUGGGCCGAGUGCCUAUCGGCGGUACUGACUUCUCAACUAGAGGAUAUACUUACUGCGAUACUCAAGAUGAAACCCUGGAAUCGUUUGCUUUGCAAGAGGAGGACAUCAAAUAUAAGAUUCCGUACAUCAAAAAGGCCAUUGACCUAAAGGGAACUGAUCCGUUCAAACUGUUCGCAACCGCUUGGUCGGCUCCUUUGUGGAUGAAAACUACAGACAGUUACACACGCUUCGGGCAGCUAAAGGAUGAAUAUUACGGAUUGUGGGCCGAAUAUUACAUCAAAUUUUUCGACAGUUACAAACAGGAGAACAUAUCCUUUUGGGGAGUGACUACGCAAAACGAACCUAUCAAUGGCAUAAUCGGAAUCAACAUCAAUAACCUGGGAUUUCUACCAAAUCAAAUGAACAAGUGGAUAUCCGCCAAUCUAGGUCCAAGGGUCAGGAACUCGAGCUAUUCGGAUCUGAAAAUCAUUGCCCAUGAUGAGGCUAGGAUUACACUACUAUUCUUUAAUCUGUUCACCUUAUCUAACGAUGACGUUGUCGGUUAUUUGGAUGGUGUCGGAAUUCACUGGUAUUCGGAUACCGUUAUACCACCUAUUGCGUUGAGUUUGGCAUCUACCUCUAAAAAAGACCUAUUCAAACUCUCCACCGAAGCAUGCAACGGAUUUCUUCAUGCCCAAGGAUUGGAACCAGCGGUGCAAAUAGGAAGUUGGGAUCGAGGAGUCGCUUAUAUAAAAGAUAUUUUCGAAAAUCUAGAAAACGACGUCGUCGGUUGGAUCGAUUGGAACUUGGUUUUAGACACCGAAGGUGGUCCGAACUGGGUGGACAAUAACGUAGACGCCCCCAUCAUCGCGAACGCCACUGCCGGAGAGUUUUACAAGCAGCCGAUGUUCUACGGGUUCGGUCACUUUUCAAAAUUCGUCAUUCCCGGUUCUGUUCGAGUAGAUGUCACGACGAAUACCGAUCUCAAAGUUUUGGCGUUUUUGAGACCUGACGAAAAGCUGGCACUAAUUUUGUGGAACAGGGAAGAUGCAGCUGUCACGGCGGAGAUUCAGAUACUUGGAUUGGCAACGUUGCUUGAGGUACCCGCGUCUUCAAUAAAUACGCUUCUCUACCUUCCAUAAAAGCAGUAAAAGGUUUUUUUUUUUUUUAAUGUGUUUAUAGUGAAUAACAAUAUUUGUGAGAUUUUUACCGUUUUAUUGAUAUAAAACACGACAUGACGACAAAUCAGCGUCAAAAUUUUAGUCAAUAAUUUUUAUGUACUCCCCACUCCAAAGAGGCCCAAUUGAAGAGUGGAAAUGCCAAAGUGGGGCACGUGUUCGUACAAAUAAGGCAAAUGCAAUUUACUCAAAUAUUACCGGAGGCACAUAUUCGUUUUCUAAAUUAUGGAGAAUUUACUACUACAGAAGAAAUGCGGAAGAAGCCAGUGAAACCAAUUAUAACGAAAAGUAAAAAAAAUAUUAUAUAUAUUAUAUAAAUAAAUAUUUA